UUUCUUAAAUAAUCACAUGGAUAUCCAUAUUAGUUAUUUUCUAGAUGGGAAUGAACUCUUGAUGAAUUUCGCAUUAAAAUAGUUAAAAAGUAUUAUCAGGGUCAUGGAGAAGUUUACAGUGCGAAGAGAUUUGAUGGAAAUGGUUAUAGGUGCAACCAUACAAGAGGCAAGAGGUGUUGAGGGUGUGACCGGAAUAGAAUUAGACGAAAAAUCCUGUACAUUUAGAAUAUAUGGAAAGUCCCAGAAAGUUGUAAAAAUAGCAAGAGCCAAGUUAGAAUAUGUUGAAGAAACAUUACAAGUGCCAAUGGAAUUAGUAGCAAAAUUCAUUGGAAAAAAUGGUAAAAAUUUUCAAGACAUUAUCGAUAAAUCUGGUGUUGUAAAAUACACAAUGGACCGAGAUGGUGUGAUAGAAGCGCCACGACAAGAGGGUCAUGUUCCUUUUUUGUUUGUUGGAACAAUGGAAAGCAUUCAAACUGCUAAAAUUUUAUUAGAAUAUCAAUUAGAUCAUUUGAAGGAGGAAGAAAAGCUAAAACAAGAAAAGAUGGAAAUAGACCAACAAUUACGGAAUUUAUCUGUCUCACAACCAAGGCCUUACUUUCAACCACAAAGUGAACGAAGAAGUAAUAAUUACAUUUGGUCUGAAAGAGGAAGAAGAGGGGGAUCUGGCAGAGGAAGAGGACGUGGAGGUAGACGAUGGGCUAAUAAAAGACCAGAAAUGAAUCAUGGGGAUGCAUUUGUAUUACGUUCAAAAGUUUACUGGUCUAAGGGUGUUAUGGAAGAGGAACAACAGAAAGAUGAAGAAUCGGUUUUAGGUCCUAAAGUUGACUGUUCAGAGGAAGAAGAUAUGGAGAGGCAACAGAAAGUUUUGUGUUAUGAUGUAACAUCCUCCCAGAGUUGUGGUGUUUGUGACCUUCGACACAUUACAAAACCAUGUAGUGUCUGGUGUACAGAAUGCGACGAAGGACUAUGCAAUGAAUGUCAAGAACACCAUAGUUUGUCCAAGGCGUCGACGAACCAUAGUGUGAUUGCUAUCACCGAUUACCAAAAAUUACCGACAGAUGUACUAAAGAUUAAUCAACACUGUAGUAAACACAAUAAAAAAUUUGAAAUGUACUGCCAGAAGCACGAACGACCUUGCUGCAGCAAGUGUUUAGUAGAAAAUCACAAAGAAUGCCGGGAUAUAGUCGAUUUAGAUGACGUGAUUCAAAAUGCGAAAUCAUCCAAUUCACUCAGUGAGAUAGAAGAAGCAUUACUUGAAGUAGCAGAAAAUCUACAGAAAAUUCGAAAGCAUCAUAAAGACAAUCUGGCCAUUUUAAAAGAAAAAAGGAAGGAAAUUGAAAACGUAAUAAAGAUUACCAGAAUAAAUAUCAACAAUCAUCUUGACAAACUACAAGAAGAUUUUAUGAAACAAGUGUAUGCGGUCGAAGACAAAGAAAACUCGAAGUACUAUCAGUUGGAAAGGGAGGAAAAAGAGGUAGCCGAUUGUCAGAGUAAUAUUAUAAAUAUCAAACAACACGCAACGGACCUGCAGCUCUUCCUUUCGAUGAAGCAAAUAGAAGAGGACGUCUCGGUAAAAGAUAAAUUUCUGCACUCAUUAUGCCAAGAUGGAGAGUUGAAGAAGCAUUUCAUUGUAUAUGAAAUAAACGGUACUAUUCAGAAUAUCAUGUCUGAUAUCAAUAGUUUUGGGGAAGUAAAAAUUGAAGCCAGACCUUGCAAUAUCGUUCUGAGCACGAAGAAGAAAAAACAAGCCCAGAUAAUGGUACCAACAGUUCAAGCAAGAUCCAUUGAAAAUACACACCUGCAGACCAACAUGACAAUAAACACCGAUUAAUAGAGUUAAAGAGUUUAAAUUACAAAUGUACCUCAUGGAAUUUUAAUUUCUUAAAUUGUCUAUCGAUUAUUCAGCUUUAGAAAAAUGUUUAUCAUUAAUAUAAAAUGUGGAUCAAAUGACGUAAAAAACAGUCGUAACUGACAUUAUCCAUCUUGCAACG